UCUCAAGAUGUUCAUGUCUUACUUCUAUGAAUUACGAAGUUGUAUGUGGAGACGAUCGUGAGAUAUUCGUUUCGGUAAUAGAAGGAUAUAAGGCUUUAAAAAAUGUUCCAGCCUCAGGAUUGAGUUGCUCUUACAACAACCUUCGGCGAAUUCGUUUUUGGCAGGUCGAGGUGGAUUUUCCAAGUCAUGGCUCACGAGUGUCUCUGGCCUUUUUGCUCUCUAAGUCUGUUGUACAUGGGAGAUGUGAAGUGACACCACUACAUAUAGUUGGUACUAUUGACAGAGUGAAUAGGUGCGACGGUUAUUGCGACAAGCUGGUAAUCAUUGUCUUUAGUACCAGAAGCUUACUACUGGCAUAA